AUGCCAGGCAGCGGCCCCAGCGAAAGGAUGACAUGGCCCGGCCCGGCCUUCCCCACGGCACCCCCAAACCGCCCUCUCUCCUCAGCCCCGGGGACACCGCCCAUCCCGCCCCUUACCCGGACCCGCAGCCUCAUGGCCAUGUCCCUGCCCGGGAGUAAAAGGGCCUCUGCUGGAUCCCGCAGGCGCACCUCUCCACCUGUGAGCAUGCGGGAUGCCUACGGCACCUCUUCCCUCAGCAGUAGCAGCAACUCAGGCUCCUGCAAGGGGAGUGACAGCAGCCCCACGCCAAGACGUUCCAUGAAGUACAUGCUAUGCAGCGACAACCAUGGCAUCAAGCCCCCCACCCCGGAACAGUACCUGACUCCACUGCAGCAGAAGGAAGUUUGCAUCCGGCACCUGAGGGCCCGGCUGAAGGACACGCAGGACCGGCUCCAAGACCGGGACACUGAGAUCGAUGACCUGAAGACGCAGCUGUCACGCAUGCAGGAGGAUUGGAUUGAGGAGGAGUGCCACCGUGUGGAGGCCCAGCUGGCCUUGAAGGAGGCCCGCAAAGAGAUCAAGCAGCUCAAGCAGGUCAUUGACACUGUCAAGAACAACCUGAUUGACAAGGACAAGGGGCUGCAGAAGUACUUUGUGGAUAUCAACAUCCAGAACAAGAAGCUGGAGACGCUGCUGCACAGCAUGGAGGUGGCCCAGAAUGGCAUAGCCAAGGAGGACGGCACUGGGGAGUCGGCUGGUGGGUCUCCCGCCCGAUCCCUCACCCGAAGUUCCACCUAUACCAAGCUGAGUGACCCAGCUGUCUGCGGUGACCGCCAGCCCGGUGACCCCACCAAUUCAUCUGCUGAGGAUGGGGCUGACAGUGGCUAUGUGGCAGCUGAUGACACACUGAGCAGGACGGAUGCACUGGAGGCUAGCAGCCUGCUGUCAUCAGGGGUGGACUGUGGCCCUGAGGAGGUCUCACUGCACAGCUCCUUUGGCCCAGGCCCCCGCUUUCCCGCCAGCAACACCUAUGAGAAGCUCCUGUGUGGCAUGGAGGCUGGGGUGCAGGCCAGCUGCAUGCAGGAGCGGGCCAUCCAGACAGACUUUGUGCAGUACCAGCCUGACCUGGACACCAUCCUGGAGAAAGUGACCCAGGCCCAGGUCUAUGGGACAGUCCCUGAGUCAGGGGACAGACACCCAGAGCCAGACCCUCACCCUUCCGGACCCAGAGACCCCAACUCAGCCGUGGUGGUGACAGUGGGUGAUGAGCUUGAUGCCCCGGAGCCCAUAACCCACGGACCCACCCCACAGCAGCCUGGUGCCAACCCCAACUCUGGGCAGUCUGUGAGUGUGGUGUGCCCCUUGGAGGAGGAGGAAGAGGCAGCUGCAGCUGAGAAGGAGCCCAAGAGCUACUGGAGCCGCCACUAUAUUGUGGAUCUGCUGGCCGUGGUGGUGCCAGCUGUGCCCACGGUGGCCUGGCUUUGUCGCUCACAGCGGCGCCAGGGCCAGCCCAUCUACAACAUCAGCUCCCUGCUGCGGGGCUGCUGCACCGUGGCCUUGCACUCCAUCCGCAGGAUCAGCUGCCGCUCGCUGAGCCAGGCUGGCCCGAGCUCAGCAGGUGGCAGCUCCCAGCUCUGA